AUGGGAAACCUCAUCCAUCUUACGAUUCUGUUUUUGUUGUUUUCUCUUCGACUCAAGACAUCAGUAGCAGCAACAGCAUCAGAAGCAACAGCUCUUCUCAAAUGGAAAACCAGCCUGACCUCUCCCACCCUCCUCAACUCAUGGUCCCAAAUCAAUGCCAGCAAUCCCUGCUGUUGGAUCGGAAUCAUCUGCGACAAUGCCUCCAUCAUCCUCGAGAUAAACCUCCGAAACUAUAAACUCAACGGAACUCUCGCCGGCCUCGAUUUCUCAUCAUUCCCCAACCUCACCCGUCUCGAUCUCAGCUCCAACAAUAUCAGCGGUCCGAUCCCAUCCGACGUGGACCACCUCACAAAGCUCACUCACUUAGAUCUCAGUAGCAACAGUUUCACCAAAGCAAUCCCCGCCAACAUCGGCAACUUAUCAGAGCUCGUCGACCUUCGCUUAAACGACAACCACCUCGACGGUCAGAUCCCGUUCCAGCUUCUUCAUCUCAGAAAGCUACGGCGCCUCGACGCCCAAGAGAACUUCUUACUAUCUCCAGAUCCUUCAAAGGCCUCGAACAUGCCAUCGCUGGUAUACCUCGAUCUCAAGCUUAACAAACUCUCGUCGGGUUUCCCACCGUUCAUCCUCAAUUGCAGUAGCAUGACCUACCUCAACGUGUCGGAAAACAAUCUAGGCGGGCCUAUUCCUUCAGCAAUCGGACGGCUACGAAUGCUUCAACAUCUCGAUCUCCACCAAACCGGCUUGAAUUCUACCAUUCCCUCGGAUCUCGGCUCUUGUACUGACCUUGUCCUCUUAGAUCUUUCGAUGAACAAUCUCACCGGCGAAUUGCCUCCAUCUCUAUCCAAUUUGAUUAAAAUAUCAGACCUAGGGAUCUCGAGCAAUUAUCUCUCUGGUGAGAUCCUGCCGAUCUUCCUCACCAAUUGGACGCUCCUGAUCUCCUUGCAACUCCAUUGCAAUUCUCUCACCGGAGCGAUCCCGUCAGAGAUCAACCGACUGAAAAAGCUUGAGAUCCUCUACCUCUUUCAAAACAAUCUGUCCGGUCGGAUCCCGCCCGAGAUUGGGACUUUAAAGAACUUGUUACAAUUAUGCCUCUCUGACAACAGAAUUACAGGUUCUAUUCCUCCGGUGAUCGGCAAUCUGACACGGCUCUACUCCUUGGUUCUCCGCUCUAAUAAUCUCAUCGGCACUCUCCCGCCUGAGAUCGGAGACAUGCGUUCUCUCUGGGAGCUAGACAUUAGCACCAACCAAUUCCACGGCGAAUUACCGAAAACGGUCUCCCGCCUCAAAAAUCUUCAGUACUUCUACAUCUACUCCAACAAUUUCUCGGGUAGCAUUCCAAACGACUUUGGGGAAUACAGCUCCUUGAUCAAUGUCAGCUUCUCGAAAAACAGAUUCUCUGGCGAACUGCCACCAUCCAUAUGCAGCCAUUUCAGCCUCGAGCAUUUAUCCACGGAUCACAAUAACUUCACAGGGAAAUUGCCAGAUUGCUUGCGGAGCUGCUCAGAGCUACUCAGAGUCCGGCUGGAGCGGAACCAUUUCACAGGGAACAUAUCGCAAGCAUUUGGAGUUCAUCCGAACCUUUCCUUCAUUGAUCUAUCCGCAAAUCAGCUAUCAGGCGAACUCUCGCCAGAGUGGGGAAAAUGCGGCAAGCUCACUUCCUUGCAUAUAUCUGAAAACAGAAUUUCAGGAAAGAUUCCUACAGAGCUUUGGAAUCUAACACAAUUACAAGAACUCAGCUUGUCGUCAAACCAUCUCACCGGAGAAAUCCCAGCCGAACUGGGGAACUUAAAUUUGCUAUCGCGGCUGAAUUUGAGUAACAAUCAGAUAUCCGGUGAGAUUCCUUCGAGUGUCGGCCGCUUAUAUGAGCUCCAAGAACUCGACCUCUCAGCAAAUGCAAUUACCGGGAGCAUUCCGGAGAAGAUUGGAGAUUUGCUCAGGUUACUACUGAAAUUGAAUCUGAGCCACAACAGAUUGUUUGGAGAAAUACCGUAUCAACUCGGCGAAUUGUAUCAUUUACAAUACUCAUUAGAUCUCAGUGGCAAUUCACUCUCCGGCUCAAUCCCACCGAAUCUCGGAAAGCUGCAGUCUCUGGAGAAUCUCAAUCUCUCUCACAAUAACCUCUCCGGAAGAAUUCCCGCAGCUCUGUCCUUUAUGCUCAGCCUGCAAUCCGUUGACUUCUCCUACAACAAGCUGAACGGCCCGAUCCCGAUGGGGAAUGUAUUCGCGAAAUCCCCACCACAGGCCUUCGUCGGGAAUCCGGGCUUAUGCGGUAAUGCGCCUGGAUUGGCUGCUUGUUACUCCAGUCCCACCAGAAAUGUGCCAUACAUGGCCCACAAAAUAAUAAUCUUCGGGGUCAUCGUUCCUAUCACCUGCGGUUUGGUUUUGGGGAUUCUCUUGACUGGGAUCAUCAUCGCCAGCAGAAAAACGAAGCGAUCGACGGAUGAGAUCGAGUAUCCAACCCGCCAGACGUAUCAACGGAUGAUAUGGUGCAGAAAGGUCAAAUUCACGUUUACUGAUAUAGUAAAUGCCACGGACCACUUCCACGAGAGGCAUUGCAUCGGCCAAGGAGGAUGCGGGAGUGUUUACAAAGCAGAGCUUGCAAGGGAUCAGAUCGUCGCCGUCAAAUGCAUUAGCACGUCAGAUUCCGGCAACGUACUGGUGGACCACCAGAGGCGGAGCUUCGAGAAUGAGAUCCAAACGCUGACGGAGAUCCGGCACAGGAACGUCGUGAAGCUGUACGGGUUUCGUUCGACAGAAGGGAGGAUGUGGUUGGUAUAUGAAUACGUGGAGAGGGGCAGUUUGGGAAAAGUGUUGUAUGAGAAGAAUGGGGCUGUGGAGCUGGACUGGAAGGCGAGGUUGAAGGUUAUCCGAGGGGUGGCGCACGCUAUCGCCUACCUCCACCACGGCCGCUUCCCGGCUAUCGUGCACCGGGACAUAUCAGUAAAUAACGUAUUGUUGGAGGGCGAUUUUGAGCCGAGGGUGUCCGACUUCGGAACUGCAAAGCUGCUGGCUGCAAAUUCGUCCGACUGGACCGCGACGGCCGUCGGUUCCUACGGCUAUAUGGCGCCAGAGCUUGCUUAUAUGACGAGGGUUACAGAAAAAUGUGACGUCUAUAGCUUUGGGGUAGUGGCAUUGGAGGUUAUGAUGGGAAGACACCCUGGAGAUCUCCUCUCAUCUCUGUUAGCAACAACAGUAUCAUCCGAUGGUCCAGAUAUGCAGUUGAAGGAUGUGUUGGACCCACGUCUCCCCUAUCCCACCGGUCAAUUGGCAGAGGAGCUGAUUUUUACGGUUAAGAUGGCCUUGGACUGCACAAAUACCGACCCUGAGAUGAGGCCCCCCAUGAAUUUUGUAGCACAAGAGAUGUCUGCUCGUUCUCAGGCCUCUCCAUCCAAGCAGUUGGCACCAUUACCAUGAGCAAACUAAGCAGUUUUAGA